UUCGAAUUCAUCCGCAUUCAUUCGCCAACCAGACGCGUACCGUGCUGGACGUGUGUGCCGCUAGCGCCUACUGGCAGUGUGUGUUGAGUUGAGUUUUGGUGAACCGCGUGCGUGUUAGAAACCGCGCCGUGACACUUUUCGAGCGUUUGUGUAUGUGUGUUUGUGUUGCGCAGUGUGUGUCUUUGCGUGAAAAUGAUUGCUUAACAUAACUUUACAGAGUGUUAUAGUUUAUAGUGAAACAAAACAAAAACGUGUAAAAGAUUGUAUAAUUCACUCCAUAAAAAGUGAAUUCUGCUUUACUUCCUGAUCGGUCAAUCGGGGGUUGAUCGAGUAAGGGUGCAAAAGCGAACGCGCAAAUUUAAGGAAACCUUUCCCGCUAACGCACGACCAAUAAGGAAACCGACCGGCAAGAUGGCAGCUCAAUAUGGCCGUAGCAUCGUCAGCUCAACGGCCGUGAUGAUGCUGCUCGUUUGGAUGACGCUUAUAGGCAUGGCACAUUCCCAGAAUCAACCGCGGUUAAAGAUCCUGCCCGCAUCUUCCGUCCAGCGGAAACCGGUGGGCCAUUCGCUGCUCUUAACCUGCCGGCCGGAAGUUCCGGACACUAAUCUUAUCUCCGAUCUCAGAUGGAACGACAACCGCAACAUGACCAUUCUACCGAAACCGAUGAACUAUUACUAUCCUCUGUACGAUUCGAAAGGUCGUAAGCUUCCAACGAAAGCGGGCCAGUCAUCGCCGCUGAUCUACACGGAAUCGAUAGCGGGCGGGACGGCGCUGGCACUAAUCUUUAACUCGCUGCAGGAAUCGAUGGCCGGGACGUACUUCUGUGCCGCUUCCUACUCCGUCACCGAAAAGCUGAAUGCCGCCGUCGUGGUGGAAACGUACGUUGCCAUCACCUGGAAGGAUGCUCCCACGGAUCAGCGACCGCUCAUGGGUACUGACUAUAUUGUGCGUUGCGAGGUAACCGCCAAUCCGCCGGCAACUGUUGAUUGGCUUCGAAACGGUGAUCAGAUUAAAUCCAGCGGUCGGUACGUAAUCGAAAACCGGGGCCUGCUUAUCAAAAACAUAACCGAGGCGGACGAUGGUGUGUAUACGUGCCGGGCGGCCGUUAUGUCGACCGGUGAGCUCAAAAAUCGUGAGAUAAGAGUCGAGGUGCAGAUCAUGCCACAAGUACAGCGUCUCCCGCUGGUCAUGGAUGCCGUCGAGGGACAAUCGUUCUCGGUGAUGUGUAAUGCGACCGGUAAACCGGUGCCCGAGUUCCAGUGGAUUAAAAAGGGCACGCAGCAGAAUGCGGCUGAUUUAGAUAGAUUUUCCGUCAACUCCAUCACUGGCCAGCUCGAUAUCAGCACGGUGGAGCAGCAGGACCACGACAACUACGCCUGUAUCGCUCGCAAUCCGGCCGGCCAGUCCGAGUCGGUGAUGAAACUGAACGUGUUAAUCCGGCCGAAAAUUAUCGAAUUUAUCAACAUCACUGUAUCGGAGAAUGAAGAGGCCGUGUUUGUGUGCAAAGCGUUCGGUCGCCCCGCGCCCGAGAUUACGUUCCGCCGGUACGGCACCGUGGAGGAGUACUCCAUCGGUUUGCAGGUCAGCGACGAUCGCAUCAUACUGGAACAGUCGACCGACGACGAGAAGGGCGAAACGGUCGGUACGCUGCGCAUCUCGAAGCUGGCCACCACCGACGACGGUCUGUACGAGUGUAUCGCACGCAACCGGGGCGAUGUUGCGUUCAAGGUAGGUCACAUUACCGUCGAGUAUCGGCCAAUCUUCGACCAUCUGAAAGCGCUACCGCCCGUCUACACCUGGGAGGAACGGCCGGCCAAUCUGAGCUGCUUCGCCCAAGCCAUCCCGAACGCCACGAUCGAGUGGCGCUUCAACGAUCGCCGCAUACAGGAUCUGUACGAUCAGAACCUGCGCAUCGAAAACGAGGGACUGCGCAGCGAUCUGAUCAUUACGCCGCGCGACCGUCGCUACUACACGGCGUACAAGUGUGUGGCCAACAACAGGCUGGGCAGUGCGGAGCACAUCAUGGAGCUGCGGGAGGCCCGCAUCCCGGAAAUGGUGCCGCAAGCGAAACCGCGCAUCGUCAGUGCGACCUCGAUCACGUUCGACAUUAUGGCACCGCCGGUCGAGCCCGGCCUACCGCUGACCGCGUUCUCCGUGCAGUGGAAGGAGCAGUUCCAGAGCGAUUGGAACUUUGCGCUCAACCGCACCUGGUCGCCCGACAGCCCGUACAUUGUGGAGGGUUUGCGGCCCCAGACCGCCUACUCGUUCCGCUUUGCCGCACGCAACGUGGUCGGGCUGAGCCAGUGGGGUGCGUACGUCGAUCAAUCGACACCGCGCCGUUCCGAACCGGAAACGCCCCGGAUCCUGCACACACCCAUCCAGGAUGAGGAGGAAGACAGUGACCCCAUCGUGACCUCACCGUACGCGGACCAUUUCGAUAUGCGGUGGAGCAUACCGGUGGACAACGGUGAGCCGAUCGAUAUGUACCGCAUCAAGUACUGUCCGGGCACCAAGGUGAACGGUUACUGGACCGAGAUGGAGGAGCACUGCAUCGAGCAGGACAUUGCGCGCAUGACCAACUACGAGAUGCGCAGCCUGCAGGCCGACACCUACUACCGGAUAGAGCUGAUGGCGCACAACGCGAUCGGCUUCUCGAAGCCGGCCCACGUACUGAUGAAGACGGCACGAGAUAAUUAUUACACUGGUGGUAGUGCGAGUGUGCUAUUGUGCAAAGGAGGAGGAUGCACCGAUCGUUGGUGGUGGUGGUGUUGGUUGUGUUGGUCCUUCAUCCUUACAGCUCUGCCAACGGUGGUAGCCACGAUCAGUGCCAGCAUGGAGUGUGGUAGUAGUAGCACGUCGUGUAGCAGGAUCUGCUCCACUACCAGCAACAGGAGCAACCGCAGCAACAGCAGCAGCAGCAGCACCAACAUCAGCAACAGUACCACCAAAACACCCAUCGAUAGUAAUGUUCGCGCAGAGCAUUGUCAUAGUACCAGUAGUAACAAUGGAGUGAUUUUGAAACGAUCGAUUUUAGAGGGUAGUAGUGCAUCGUAAGGAUUAUUGUAAGUUAGCUAAUGACGAUCGGUAAUGUUCAAUGAACAAUCAAUGACGGGGUAAAUAAUACUCUCCCAGUGUUCAUUUCUCCGUGCGAGAAUGGGAAAUACGUCGGAACUGAAAUAGCUAGGCAGAACUAGUAGAACAAAAAUGGAUUACAACCCUCAACACGAUCUUGAAGAACCAACGAAAAUAGGACGCAAAAGAGAAGGCGGUUGUGUUUUGACUGUUAUCUUUCUUUUUUUCUUUUGCUUUUGAUAAACUGAUAUUGCACUUUAAAGGUGAGCUGAAAAUCUGACUAAUUUACACGUAAAAAUUAACGAAUCAACCCACCUUAAGCAGAUUGUUGUGCAUCUUGUUUUUUUAUUUGAUUGAUAUAUGAUUAUCGAAAAACAACAUAAAAACAGUGAUCAAUGUCUAGGCACUGUGGUUUACAGACUACUUGUAACACUCAGCCCCAUCAUCUGCUAAUUGCAUUCAGGUACAUAUACGAUUUACAUACCGAUGUUGGAAAACUCCUACGAUCCUUUUUACAGGAAAGUUUUGGAUUUUUUUAUAAGUGCUAUAAUAGUACUGUAUUUCUUAUUGAUAUGUCAUACUAAUUUAGAAGAAAAAAAAACUUUCAAAAAGUAUAUCAUACAAAACGCUGCCCAAAUUAGCAAAACAACGAAACUGCAGCAGUUCCGAAUUAAUGUCUCCGCGCCAAGUAUGUUUUGUAAAGGUGAGUUAAAGUCCCCAUUUUUUCUAAGCAUUUUGCUUUGUUAUUGAACAUCUGUUCUAGCAAACCGGUGAAUGGUUACUUCAAACUCUUUUCAAAAGCGCCUUCCUACUACUACUACUCUCUAUUUUGUUCACUAACUUUCCAACGGAAAUUGUUUUAACAUUGAUGCUUGAUGAACCCGAGUAGCUAUAAAUAAUAGUAAGAUUCUUGAUUUUUAAGACGAAAAAACCCUUUUUGCUGUAUACCAAUGAAACCAUUCUUGUAAAGCAUUGAGACUGUUUAACCCUACCGAACGUUUUCUUCUAAACGAUGUUUUGUUAGUUUGCGUGAUAACAACAGGGCAAGAAAGAAUGAAAUACAGAGCUGCAGUAGACGCGAGAUAAGGUGGAAGUGGGUAUACUACACCCGACUGUGUGCUUUCCGCAACUGUUACUAUUUCUCACUAUCUGUAAUAACAAAAUGAGCUUAAUUACGACUUUAAUCUCUGUCAUUUGGAUGCAUAUUUAAGAGCGAAACUAAAAUUCAAAAUCAAUCGGAAAAAAACGGCUUUAGUGUGAAAAAGGGAUUCAUUUCCAAUGCCUUGACUUUAUUGUGAACCUAUGAAUUUCUUCGGCGAUUUGAUAGCGUUGCGUUCUUGCGUUUAGAACGCGCGCGACGGAAACGAUGCGAAUGGAAGGACGGCUCUAUCUAGCUGUAGAGCAUCAACUGUUAUUGUAUGUUUUAUGUUUAACCGAUCGAACUAUAUAGACGAAAUAUAAGCAUUAAAGUAGACAAUUGGUACAGAAGAAACAAUGAUCAAACUAGCGUGUGUACUAGCGAGCGUACAGAGUCGAUAUAACAAUAGUGUGUAGAUGUGUUAGCUUAGUGCAAAUGUUUAUUACAAGUUGAGUUGUUCACGAUGUUGAGUUGUUGCAGACACUGCCACCUGAACUGCGUUCGCGCUGCUCAUCGAUUUACCGAGAGAGGCUUACAUUGAAGUCAAUUUAAGAGUAGUAGAUCACUUUGUUGCACCUCGGUGAAUUACACACUGCUCUUACGCUCAUCAUGCAUUAGUGUGGUGGUAGAAUAUACACAGUUUUGUGAUACAACAACAAGCAAGGGCAGGCUCAAUGCGAAGAAAGCAGCAAGCAACAUACUUUUCAUUUGAAAUAAAACGAUGGGCAUUAUUAACCAAAUCGAUUCCUUCGAUGUACAUACGUCAGUAUCGUCAAACAGUAGCUGUGUACAUAUAUUCACUGCCAAUAGUGUUUAAUUCCAUAUUACCAUGAGAGAUAAUUCUCAGAAAUCAUUAAAGCUCAAUUUGGAUUCAACUGUUUAAUUUUGAUUCCAAUUUAUUGCAAUCUUUAGCUUUUCGUACCUCCAAAACUUUGGUGCAAUAAAAGCUAAUGAUUGAGCAUGGAAAUAAUAAUUUUUCAUUUGUCCUGGAAAAGCAAACUAAUGUUGAAAUAAGCCGAUGUGGUUUGCAUGUGAACGGUACCACGACGACUUUUAAAUAAAGUCAGUGGUAAACACUAUAAAAAUAAGGUCAAAGGUCAAUGGGAAAAAGACGAUAAUACAAUUAUUAUUCUCACUCUCAUCACCAAAACAUUCCCAUUGGAAUUGAACAAGUUUAUGUUUGUAAGAUGUUUUUUUCCUGCGCUUUUGUAUCCCUUUCUCAAAGCCACAUUAUGUACAUACGAUGAAAAUAUGGUGCACCAAAUGACGAUAAUGGUAAGCGCGUUGCACACCUAUAACGACAAUAAACUCUUGUUGUUUUGUUAUUCAAAACGGAUUGCAAGUGAGCAUAUAGAUAAGUGGUUUGAUUCCUUUUCAGCAGCCAAGCGUGUUCGUCAUGCUGGCAGCGAGGGCAGUUAAGAAAGAAGGUUUUAAGUUCCUACAUUACUGCGUGUGUAGUCACUUUAGCUCGAAAGUUAGUAAGAGAAAGUGUGUAAAAGUGUGGUUCUGUGAGAAAAUGAGAAUAGCGUUGUGAAAAGGAGUGUCGAAUUUCACUACAACGAAAAAUAUAGAAAAAAAAGAUAAUCAAAAUCGUUCGAUCUCGCGCGAAUAAAAAAACAUUUCCCGAGCUGAUUCAGUAGCAAAAUUAGUGAAAAAGUCAACUACAGUAGAAGGUCAAAUGGAGAAGAAUGUUAAAAACCUGUUACGCAGUUGUAACGCUUUUUUCCGCACAGUGUAUGCAUACCGAAUGAGCGAAGCGAAUAGCAAAAACCAAAAUGUGUGGAAAAAGUCAACUAAAAUGGAAUAUCUUUGCAAAAAAUGGUGACGGCUUGUUAUAUGUGUGUUGUGUAUGCGUUUGUUUUUGGAAAAAAAGUCUUUGUAGAUGUAACUAUGCUAGCCUAACCGAUUUAGAUAAGAUAAAAUCAGAUUAAGAGCUCGCCAGAAGAAGAUGGUUGGAUUGAAAAUUAUAACAACACUUAGCUCAUGUAACAGACGCGCGUAGGACGAGGGGUGAGCACGUGUGUAUUCUGCUUGUACAUAACCAGAGGUUCUAGUGGAAGACCAUUAUAGAGAAUAACAAUUAAUUAUAUUCGUAGCUGUGGAAUGGUGAAACCAUGAAAUAAAAUCAAACUACAUCAUCAAAACCGUCUAACUAAUAAAA